CAGGGGGUUGUGCCCUUCCAGUGGGAAGAUCUGCAAGCUGUAGCACUUUUUAACAUCUUUGUUCUGGACUAACUUGACUUGAACGGUGCAGGUAUCAGCACACCACACUCAGACCUUGGACUGGUGUGGCGGCGAGCACCAUGUUGAGGAUCCUGCUCCUGGUUCUGUGUGUUGGAGGCUUGGAGGCCUGGUUCUGGCGCGCUGACCCGCGAACCACCACACUGCCCCCAACAAGUGCCUCAGCAACAACGGGUGGCGCUAAGAGCGUGAAUGAGGAGGAUGAGGAUUUGUUGGGGGUUGGAGAAGAAAUCAUCAAAGUGGCAACUGGAAUCCGUAACUUGGUCAAGGCAUGGGAUGUGACCACCAGCCCCGGGACUACUCAAGGUUCCCCGAAGGUCGACAGCGCUGAGCCUAACAUAACGGGUAAUAUUGAUGGCUUGGGAGGGGGGAGGGAGGUGGAAGGAUCUGCAGUUUGGGAAAAUGAUGCAUCUGGAUCUGGAUCGGGGUCCAGGCAAGAUCUUGGAUCUGGUGUAGAAUCUGUCAUCCUUCCAAGUAACCUCACGAGUAUGGAAAACGGGACUCUCGAUACUGGCUCUGAUCCACUUUGUUUCCCCGUGCCGUCUGAAUGGCACAUGUGCUCCAGAAAACGCCAACAGUUCUUCACAUUACCUAAUUUUUUCAACCACACGUCUGUGGAGCAGGUGGGGGCAGCAUUGCGGGAGUGGGCCAGUCUGACCCGGGCGGGCUGUCACCAGCGCAUAGAGUGGUUCCUAUGCCUCCUGCUGGUGCCCAGGUGCCCCUCGUCCUCCUCGGCACCCUUGCUUCUGCCCUGCCGCAGCUUUUGCCAUCAAGUGCAGGACAGCUGCUGGGCAUCUUUGGACAGUGCGGACCGUCCAGUGAAGUGUGGCCUCCUGCCUGUCGGCGCGCAGGAGCCGGGGAGCCCUGCGUGUGUGGCUAUUAGUUACUCUGAAGAGCAGAGCAGUUUGUCUCUGCUCCAACUAAUCGGAGAUCCGCCACCCGAUGAGAUUGGUCGGAUCUCGGGGCCAGGCGGUGCCCCGGCCUACAUCUUCACCUCUGCCGCCGUGUCGGGCCAGCCGGCUCUGGCCCACGUGCCCAACCCGUUCUACCGCCACUUCUCCCUCCUCUUUCACAUCAAGCCAUCCACAUCAGCCGCCUCCGUCCUCUUCUCCAUCACCGAUGGGCCCCAGAGGCUUAUGUAUGUGGCCGUUAAGCUCAGCGCCGUGCAGUCGGGUCGCCAGAGAGUGCAGUUUUUCUACACCGAGCCUGAUUCCGAGGCGUCGUACGAGGCCGCGAGCUUCGACGUGCCGAGCCUGGUGGACAAAUGGACCCGCUUCUCGCUGGCUAUCUUUGAGGAGCAGGUGACCUUCUACCAGGACUGUGAGGCAGUGCCACGGGUGGUGAAGUUUGAGCGUUCUCCGGACCCCAUGGACCUUGACGCAGGGGCCGGGAUCUUUGUUGCUCAGGCAGGGGGGGCUGACCAGGACAAGUUCCAGGGUGCUAUCGCUGAGCUGAAGCUGGUGGGAAACUCUCAGGCAGCCGAGCGUUUGUGUGACGACAUCGACGACGACUCUGAUGUUGCCUCUGGCGACUUUGGCAGCGGUGAUGGCAGCAGGAGGGAGACAGGAGGCAAAGUGAAGACCACUCCUGCAUCCAUCAGGCCAGUGCCUGAGCCUCCACUGAUCGCCUCGAAAGGAAGCAGACUGAAGGAAACAGGUUUAAGUGGGGCCAAAGGAGAGAAAGGUGACAGAGGAGAGAAAGGCACCCGAGGGGACAGAGGCUAUGCAGGGCCAAAGGGAGACCCUGGUUCAGGCUUCUCCUCACAAGCUGGAGCUGGCGGACAGAAGGGAGAAAAGGGAGACAAGGGUAGUACAGCCUUUGGAAGUAAAGGAGAGCGUGGUGCUCAGGGCCUCCCAGGUCCACCUGGGCCCCCUGGACCUGCAGCUGAGAUGGUCCCUUUUGGGGAUGGGGCCAAAAUGCAGCAUGUGCCUGGACCCCCUGGAUCGCCGGGCCGGGAUGGAUUGCCUGGUCCACCGGGAGCUAACGGAGAGCCUGGGGACCCGGGAGAGGAUGGAAAAACUGGUCCUGCAGGGCCGCAAGGUUUCCCAGGAACGCCGGGAAUCUCUGGUGCUAAAGGGGAAAAGGGUGAGCGGGGCGAAGGACAACCUGGACCCAGAGGUCCCCCAGGGCUCCCAGGACCUCCGGGACCCAGAUCUGGAAAUCAUCCAACAUUUGUUGACAUGGAGGGCUCGGGAUUCCCAGAAUGGGAGAAGAUCCGGGGUCUUGUUGGUCCUCCAGGCCCCCCAGGCCCUCCAGGCCCACCUGGGGUCCCUGGUACAUCAGUUGAAUUUGGAUCCAAUGGUCCAGUUGCCUUUGGACCUCCUGGACAACCUGGAAGACCUGGAGCCCCAGGUCUACCAGGUUCUCCUGGUCUGAGUGGUUUUCCAGGUCAGCCUGGGCUCAAAGGAGAGAAGGGCGACAGUGGGGAGCUCAACACUCAUGGAGGGGCCGGAGAGAAGGGUUCUCGCGGUGACCCGGGACUGCCAGGAUCACCAGGACAGACUGGGCUAGCAGGGCUUCCGGGUCCGAUGGGCCCACCCGGACCUCCAGGACGUCCAGGGCCACCAGGGCCGUCAUCCCCCUUUGGCUUUGCUGACCGGGAGGGCUUUGAGACAAAUGUUGGCUCACCAGGAGUUAGUGGCCCACCAGGUCCACAGGGUCCUCCAGGUAUUGCAGGUCUGCCGGGUAGACCAGGUUUACCCGGAACCAAUGGCGACAAAGGAGCGGAGGGACCAAGAGGUGCGCCUGGAAUUCCAGGUUUGGAUGGCUUUCCCGGACAUUUGGGGCCGAAGGGAGACAGAGGAGACAAGGGCGAACAAGGUCUGCCAGGCCGUGACGGAGUGCAACCUGGACCUCCGGGGCCUCCAGGACCUCCAGGCCGCAUCAUUUAUUCGACUGGUGAUACGGGAGCAGGACUUCCGGGCCAAGAUGGAUUUCCCGGGCCAAUCGGACCUAAAGGAGAAAAAGGCGACACGGGUCUUCCAGGGCAUGCCCAUAAGGGGGAAAAAGGAGAGCCGGGUCUCAUCAUGGGUCAAGAUGGGCGACCUUUGUACCUGGGGGGCCUGACAGGGAAACCGGGAGAUAUAGGACCCCCGGGCCCAGCUGGACCCCCAGGCUCUUAUGGCCCUCCAGGUCAAAAAGGAGAAAUUGGGCUUCCAGGUAGACCAGGUCGACCAGGACUAAACGGCAUUCAAGGACAAAAAGGAGAGCCGGGCGGAGGGUCUGGAACCACAUACUACGGACCCCCAGGUCCACCAGGCCCACCUGGACCUCCUGGACCACCAUCCAGAGGAUACGAUGAGUAUUCCAGGUAUUCCCAAGCUAUUAAAGGAGAGAAAGGUGACGCUGGGACACCAGGAAUACCUGGCCAACCAGGUGUCGGGUCAAACUUUGACAUUUAUUCCCUUAAGAAUGAAUUGAAGGGUGAACCGGGAAAUUCGGGUUUGAAAGGAGAGAAAGGCGAACCGGGAGGUGGAUAUUACGACCCAAGAUAUGGAGGAAGCGGUGUAGGCACGCCGGGAGUACCUGGACCUCCAGGUCCCAGAGGGGACUCCAUUCCCGGCCCACCGGGUCCCCAGGGGCCACCUGGUCCACCAGGAAGAGGCUAUGAUGGCCGCCCUGGACCACCAGGGCCACCCGGACCCCCUGGCAUCCCCUCUUUCCCUGGACCUCACAGGGGCACACAUACGAUCAGUAUUCCUGGACCACCUGGGCCACCUGGACCACAAGGACUACCUGGAUAUUCUUCUGGGGUGACAGUGUUGCAGUCUUAUGACAUCAUGACUGCCACUGCUAGAAGACACCCGGAGGGUUCUCUAGUCUACGUCAUAGAUCGGACAGAUCUUUACCUUCGAGUCAGAGACGGGGUUCGUCAAGUCCAGCUUGGGGGCUAUAUUGCAUUACCAAGUGAGAAUGCUAAUGAGGUUGCAGCAGUGGAGCCACCGCCAGUCGUUCCGUACUCCCCACACAGCAACUCGAGUGACUCCCACGAGCAAGGGGAAAGGCCAGAACAGCUUAAUCCAGACCGUGUUUCCCAGCCUGACCCACGUCACUCAAGUCAGCUGUACCCUCCUUACCAAACAAAUCCAGACGGCAGAGAGCGAAACCUUCCUGACAGCAGAUACCACCCUGACACUCGACAUACAGCUCAGCCGGAUCCGCGAUACCCGGCCCCAACAGACCCCAGAUACCCCAGUUACACAGACCGGAUCAAUAACCAAGACGGUCGUUAUGCAGUCCAUCCGGCCCACGAACACCCGCCUUAUUAUGCUGUGACCCCUCAGAGAAGGCCUCCCCCACCUGUGGCCCAGAAUCCCGUCCACCAUCACACAUCAGGUCCAGGGCUCCAUCUUAUCGCCUUGAAUCAGCCCCAGACUGGAUCUAUGAGGGGCAUCCGGGGUGCCGACUUCCUGUGUUUCACCCAGGCUCAAAGUAUCGGAAUGAAAGGAACAUUCCGGGCAUUCUUGUCCUCAAAACUCCAAGAUCUCCAAAGCAUUGUCCGUAAAGCUGACAGAGAGCAUAUGCCAAUCGUCAACUUGAAGGAUGAGGUUUUGUUUGACAACUGGGAUGCGAUUUUUAACGGUGGCACUAUCAAGGAGAAUGUCCCAAUCUAUUCUUUUGAUGGAAAAGAUGUUCUCCACGACGGUACAUGGCCUGAGAAGAUGAUGUGGCACGGCUCCGUCGCCAAUGGUCAGCGGCAGGUUGAUGGUUUCUGUGAGUCGUGGCGCAUGAGUAGUCACGUCCUAACCGGCAAAGCGGCCGCGCUCCAGAGCGGCAGUCUGCUCCAGCAGACUUCCAGCGGCUGUUCCAGCUCCUACGUCGUCCUGUGCGUGGAGAACAGCUACAUUGGCCAUGGCAGGAGAUAAACGCACACACGGGAUGGAGAGAAACCUGCUUGGGACUAUAAAUGUUGUUUGAUCGUUUCCUUGCAAAUACGUGUUUGUUUUUUCAUUUUAUAUUGCAAGUAGAUUAGAUUGUGCUAAAACAAGAAGAUUGUAUAUGUGAAACCAUGAACGCUUUCAUGCGUUUCCAGGGAGACGAUAUUAAUGUAUCCUACAGCUCUGGGGAAAAAAUGAACUCCAAAACUACUGCUUUCUGUGAUUUUGCUAUUUAUAGGUACUGUAUAAUCAUGUUUGAGUAGAAUGAAAAAGUUAAUUUUAUUUUAUAAAAUACUGACAACAGAACUCCCAAAUUUCAAAGACUGUCAUUCAGAACUUUUACAGUAUUUGCAGAAAGAAAAUUUGUCAAAACACCCCAAAAAGUUUCUGUAUUUUUAUUGGCCUCUUUCUUUUCUUUUUUUUUUACCAGAGCUGUAGAUGGAAGGAAUUGGGAGAACAAAUAAGUAACUGAACAAGAAAAACAAUUUGUAUGACUCAAAAAAUGGCAUUUCCUGUCUGUAAUAAGAGGGCUAUUUUUUUAUUCUUUGCUCUAUCAGCUAUGGUUCGUACAUUUGCCAGGUUGAUGAUAAAAAUGAUACAAAAAGAUGUAAACACACAUGAAAGCUCUGUCAUUCCAUUGGGAGCAGUCAAUACACUACAAUUAGCGACACAUUGUAGCUUUUGUAUCGCACACAUGCACACACACAGACACACACACGAGAACUACACACUUUCGUAUCAGACAAUCAACCCAAUUUUCUAAUAUUUUGUAAACAAUUUGUAUCGAGUUUGGUGCCUGACUUUAAAAAGGAAUGACGGUAGGGCAGCUGUCCACAAAAAGUGCAUGGCAGGGGAAUUGAGUGUGACAAAUAUUUUUUAAUAUGCCACUUAUCAAACAGAAUUCUUGGUAACAUGAUAUAAUUAGGGAGCCCAGUUCUACCGAAAAUGUGGAUCCAAUUAUUCUCAGUAUUCGCCCAAACUCUUGUGCUCCUGACAAAACACCUGACUUGAAUUAAAAUAUGUCAACCACU